GUGAAGUUCGCCGUCGCCGGAACUCAUGGAUCGACCACCGUCGUUUCCACACUAUCAAAUCCCUAAUCCGAACUUCUUCCAUCCCGUUCCUCCUCCUAAUUUCUUCUUCUCACCUCCUCCAGCUCAUCUUCAAAAUCCUAACAAUUACUCCAUCGCCGCCGAUUCGCGAGCUCUCCGCGAUUUGGUAGGUUCUGUUGAGAAGGUGAAAAAGAGUGUGUUGGAUAAAUGGUUACCGUCUGAUCUCUGUGGAAUUAAGAGUGAGAUUGAUCAAUGGAGGGAUUUCCCAAGUUGAGCAUGGUUCUUGGAGACCAAACAGCUUCUGAGGGAAUCUCAUCUGACAAGCCAUUGUUAUUCUCAAGCUCAAGGGUUUCAAGAUUUGUCAGAUUCUGAAAUUCCACCAGAUAACUUGUUCAUGCUCAAAGACAGAGUUGAUAGAUUGACUAACUUCUCAAUACCGUCCGGAAUCUCAAAAGACAACGAAUUGUUCUCGUUUCGAGCUUUGUCAACUGUGAUACAGACAAUGCAAGUUCUUGAACUCAAGAAGGGAUUGUAUUUGGUCUUAUGGGCAAGAGAAAGAUAUUUGUGGAAUGAAGAAGACGAAGAACACAAGGACACAAGAGAGAAGACAUGGCUUCAGCAUUUUUGUCAGAGCUAUUGUUUUUUGCCAGUCACAGAGGGUCAGCUUGGUUAUACCUCUGUGAAUACUCAUGCAACACCCCGCAAAGUUACUUCAUUGAAGGCGAAGAUUGUAGCUGUUUCUGCAGUAAACAUACAUACUGCCGUAGUUUCUGAGUGUGGUGAAGUUUUCACUUGGAGAGCAACAAGCUCUUUUGUCUGCCCUCAGCAUCCUGUUUUAGGUGGUGGAGUCACUGAUUCUGGUUUAAGGGUUCAGUUUCUCGUGACUGGAUCGAAUUACUUGCUUCUUGCUGAGUUUUUUUUGGUGCCAACUUGCUUCUUUCUUGACCAAACAAUGUUCUGGCUCUCUAUGUUCUCCAAGUCUUUUGCUUUUCUUACUGAUCUUUCUGAAUCAGAGGCUGAAGCAUCUCUUGAUUUUUUACUGAAUGAAGCCACUGAGGCGCUGAUUAGUGCUUUUCUGGACAUUGCAAAUACGUCACCUGAUGUUCUUGCCAAUCUUGAGAAAUUACUGGAUGACAGAUCAUCUGAAGCAUGGAGCUCCCGACCACUUCCAACACCAACAGCCACAUUUCCUGUUGUUAUAGAUAGUGAAGAGGAGGAAAAUGAGAGCGAUAUUUUAAGAACUCGUGACAACCAUGUGAAACACUUUUCCAGUAUUGUUCUGGAGAUUGACUAACUUCUCAUCACAAAAGACAGUGAAUUGUUCUGGAGAUCAAACGUUUUGAGUUUAGUCAACUGUGAUACAGACAAUGGUUUAGAACCACUGAACAUGUUCGGCCUCAAUGUCAGCGUCCGCAGUUUGGAUGACACAAAACAAAGUCAAGGCUAUAAC